AUGGGCAAGGUGAGUGCUGUUUUUCUCUCUGUUUACACUCUGUUUAAGUUUUUAAAAUCCACUUUAAGUCUUAUUUUUAAGCAAAACUUACAAUAAAAACUCUGAUUUUCUAACAGAUUAUCUUUUACGAAGACAAAAACUUCCAAGGUCGGAGCUAUGAGUGCAGCAAUGACUGCACGGACCUUCACUCGUACUUCAGCCGCUGCAACUCCAUCCGGGUGGAGAGCGGCUGCUUCAUGAUCUAUGAGCGACCUAACUUUAUGGGCCACCAGUACUUCAUGAGGAGGGGGGAGUACCCAGACUACCAGAGGUGGAUGGGCUUCAGCAGUUGUAUCCGCUCGUGUAGGAUGAUCCCAGUGGUGAGUUAUUAAAGAAAAUCAGAGUUAAAGCUACAGGAAGUGAUUUUUAAGUUUUGUAAAUUUGACAUUUUAAGUGGUAAAACCUUACAUUUUUCAUUUUCGCAGUAUCGAGGCUCUUACAGGUUGCGAAUCUACGAGAAGCCCGACUUCAGCGGUCACAUGAUGGAGUUUGUGGAUGACUGUCCCUGUGUGUCUGACCGUUUCCAUCACCGCCACGUCUACUCCUGUAAUGUCAUGAACGGCUACUGGAUCUUCUACGAGUAUCCAAAUUACAGAGGUCGACAGUACUUCCUGAGGGCUGGGGAGUACAGGCGGUACCGCGACUGGUGUGCCACCUGCGCCAUCGUGGGCUCCUUCAGAAGGGUCACAGAGUUUUAG